AAACUGGCCAUUGAAAUACCAUGCCAGUUUAGUGACAUCAUAUCCCUGUAAUGUGCGCCACUGCAUUUCCGGUGGAUGGGACGACAGAAGAGUAGCAGUUUGGGAACAGUGGACGCGUUUUAUUGGAGAAUUACUGCCUGUUGUAACUGAAACUCAGAUCACGCAUGGCAGCCAACAAGAGCAAGGGCCAGAGCUCUCUGGUUCUGCACAAGGUCAUCAUGGUGGGAAGCGGAGGAGUGGGCAAAUCAGCACUCACACUGCAGUUCAUGUAUGAUGAGUUUGUUGAAGACUAUGAGCCCACUAAAGCAGACAGCUACAGGAAAAAGGUAGUACUGGAUGGAGAAGAGGUUCAAAUCGAUAUUCUGGACACAGCAGGACAGGAGGACUAUGCAGCUAUUAGGGAUAAUUACUUCCGCAGCGGAGAGGGCUUCCUGCUAGUGUUCUCCAUCACAGAGCAAGAGUCGUUCAGUGCCACCUCUGAGUUCAGGGAGCAAAUCCUGCGUGUAAAAGCAGAGGAAGAUAAGAUUCCCCUGUUGUUAGUAGGAAAUAAAUCUGAUUUGGAAGACAAGAGGCAGGUUUCUGUGACCGGGGCCCGGGAAAAAGCAGAUGAAUGGGGAGUGCAGUACGUGGAAACUUCAGCAAAAACACGAGCCAACGUUGAUAAGGUGUUUUUUGACCUAAUGAGGGAAGUCCGGGCUAAGAAAAUGGCUGAGAACAAGGACAAGAACGGCAAGAAAGGAGGCAAGAAGAAAAAAACCCUGAAAGAGCGCUGCACAUUGCUUUGAGUCAGAAGAACGGUAAAGAGCAAGCCUCUCUCAGCACAGAGCCAUUCUGGAGGACACAGAAAAGCUGCUCAAAGCUGUUUUGCCUCUAUUGUGGUAAACGUUGCCAAAUCCAGAGAAAGUAAAGAACUGUGAACCGAUGCCAUCGUCCUUCCUUGCUGUAUCUAGUGAGGUUUAUGCAACUGUGUUCCAUUAUAAUAUUUACAUCUGAAUUUUUUUCUUCUGCCAUCAAACAAAUGAGAUCCAACUUGAUGGACAUUCAUACAGUUACUUUGCCAUAUUUUAACAAGUCAGUGUCUUGGGCAUUUUAACUUUGAUAGACUAUCCUUGGUUGUUGGCAGUGCCUCAUACUAAUAUAAGAAUCACUUAUAUAAAAUGUAUACAGUAAUCUUUGUAGAGUACUCUCAUUUAUAAUUAGUGCAUUAAUAUUUACCACUACUGCAUUUCAUAUUCAAUUAACUCAAUAGUUUUCACAAGUAAGCACUAUUUAAAGAGAUGUAAUAUAGAUAUAUAAUUUUAAAGUAAACCACACAUAGUUUAACAACAAUCAUAAUAUGUUAGAUAAAUUUGUGUUUAGAUUAGACAAGUCUUUGCUGGUUCUAUAGUACCUUUAAUGAAAUCAAACUGAAUCGGCUCUCCUAAGAGUUUCAUAGCACAAAGAUCAUUGUCAAAAAAUGGGAACUGAAUGUUUAAUACUUUGAACACUCUCUAAUCAUUAGUCAUGCAGUGCUACAAGCUUUUAAAUAAAGCAAGAUAAUCUGGUUAUCUGUAUAAUGGGAGUCAAAUGUUAAGAACAAUGCUAGUGGAUGACUACACACUGCAAGCGUAUUAUGCAGCCAUCUUAGGAACACUGCUAGUUGUAAUACUACUGUGUUGUACAUUAGUUAGUCACUUCGUUUUUCAAAGAUGUCACUAUGCAAGGCCUACAACAUAUGAUGGUUGUAUCGAAUGUAAUGCAAAAGUGGGCAUAACCUUUGUAUUCACAUGUUGUUGGAGUAACUCUUCUAUACAAAGUAAUACUCAGCCUAGUCUCCAUCAGAAGCGAUGUAUUUGCACCAUCCUUGAUCCCAACAUUUUUGAAAAUCCCUUGGUCAUUGUUGAUGGUCUCCCACCGUGUGGUUUAUCUUCACUUUUGGGCUCAACGAUGGCACAAAUGCAUGGCUUAUUGAUGGAGACUAUGUUGAGUAUUACCUUUGUAUAGAGGAAGAGUUACUUUACCAACGUGUGCAAUUUGGACAACCUAUGUCUGUUAAUACAAAAAUGUUAUGCAUUUUCUUCUGCAUUACUUUUGGUACAUCCUUUGUAUAUUGCUUUUAGUAUAAACUACAAGUUUUUUGUGAUAACCAUAUUUUUGUAAUUGAGCCACCUUUUGUAUGAAUUCCUUUUCACUGAUUCACUGUAUGUUGAUAACAGACCAAAUAAACUCUAUUUGUUUAGUA